UCCUCCUACACUCCCUUAGCCGAGUUCAGUCUGAUUCCAAUUCCAGGUCUCAUUGCCUGUAUUUCACAAUGAGUCUUCCAGAAAUGAUGCUGCUACUGAGUCUUCUCCCUUUUCUGCUUAACAGAGCUGCUGCUCAGGAGAAGGCAGAUGUCUGCUGCACCACUGGAUAUGAGUGGGCAUCACUGAAUCAGGAUUGUGCUGGCCUGCCUGCUGUCCCAGACUCCAAACAGUGCAGUGUAAUCCAAGAACAAUGUUGCCUUAAUCAACUGGAGGAACUGCACUGUACAACCGGCAUCAACAUCGCCACCGAGAAAAAUUCUUGUGAUACAAGCGACCAGGAAAAACCUUCUAGCUGCGAAGCCAGGUUUGUGAAGAGGUGCUGCAACUGCUGCUUGCUGGGUAAAGAAGCCCAGGCCCGGGGUGAAAGCUGUGAACAAAGCACGUUCCUGGGCUACCAAUGCAGCCUGGUGUUCAGAGCCUGCUGUGUGAAAGGACAAGAGGGGAAUGAAGCCCCCAACCAGGAUGAAGCCAACAACUCUGUGGUCUCCAACACCGAUAAUGAAGACCCCUCCCUGAAUGACAGAUGCCGAGGUGGCGGGCCGUGCACCCAGCAGUGCAGAGAUACCGGAAGCAGCGUGGUCUGUUCCUGUUAUGCGGGUUACAAGCUCCAUCCUGACGGAGUCACCUGUGACGAUAUAAAUGAAUGUAUCACUGGGACACAUAAUUGUAAGGUGGGACAGAUCUGCAUCAAUCAAAUCGGUUCCUUCCGUUGUCAGAGGGAGAUAAACUGCGGCACUGGCUAUGAACUUACAGAGGAUAACAGCUGUAAAGAUAUUGAUGAGUGUGCAACAGGGACUCACAACUGUCUCCCAACAUUCAACUGUCAGAACACGGCCGGAUCUUUCCGCUGUCACCCUAAAGUUCAGUGCAGCAGUGGGUUCAUUCAGGAUGCCCUGGGCAACUGUAUUGAUAUCAACGAAUGUCUGAGCGUCAAUGCACCAUGUCCUCAAGGUCAGACCUGUAUCAACACUGAAGGUUCCUACACUUGUCAGCGGCACGUGGUCAACUGUGGAAGGGGAUAUCACCUAAGCGCUGACGGAACAAAAUGCGAAGAUAUAAAUGAGUGCUCCAGCAUCCAGAACCCCUGUGGCGAGGGGCACACCUGCCUAAAUGUGCCCGGUUCCUAUAGAUGUGAAUGCCAAGCUGGAUAUCACUUUGACACCCUCAGCAGAUCAUGUGCUGAUAUUAAUGAGUGCAGAGGAUACCUAGGUCGUGUCUGUGCCCACAAGUGUGAAAACACUGCUGGCUCCUUCUACUGCAGCUGUUCCACUGGCUUCAAGUUGGGUUUGGACGGCCGGACUUGUGAAGAUGUGGAUGAAUGUAGUAGCAAUCCCUGCAGCCAGGAGUGUGCCAACGUCUAUGGAUCAUACCAGUGUUACUGCCGUCGAGGGUACCAGCUAAGCGAUGUGGAUGGAAUCACAUGUGAAGAUAUUGAUGAAUGUGCUCUGCCAACCGGUGGACACAUAUGUGCCUACCGUUGCAACAAUGUUCCUGGCAGCUUCCGUUGCACCUGCCCCCCCACCGGAUAUGCACUGGCUCCUAAUGGCCGAAACUGUCAAGAUGUGGAUGAGUGUGUGACGGGAACACAUAACUGUAGCGGGUCUGAGACUUGCUUCAAUAUCCAAGGAGGAUUCAAGUGUCUUUCAUUCGAAUGUCCCAAGAAUUACCGCAAAGCUAUUGAGACAUAUGAAAGAAGAGAUAAUAGUCGCUGUAUUAAAUCCUGCCGGCCAAGUGACUUCAACUGCAUAACUGAUCCUGUCCACUCCAUAUCCAACACUGUCAUCUCUCUGCCCACUUUCCGGGAAUUCAUUCAUCCAGAAGACAUUAUCUUCCUCCGUGCUGUGACUCCUGCAUACUCACCCGGCCCUCAGCCAGACAUCAUAUUUCAUAUCAUUGAGGGAAAUAUAAGAGACUCCUUUGAUAUUCAGAAACGUUAUAUGGAUGGAACCAUAGUCGGUGUUGUGCGCCAAAUAAAGCCCAUUGUGGGGCCAAUGCAUACCAUUUUGAAGCUGGAGAUGAGUUAUGCCGUGGGUGGAGUGGUAUCUCACAAGAACAUUGUCAAUGUCCACAUAUUUGUAUCAGAGUUCUGGUUCUAAGUGAUAUCACAAUCUUCUAUUUCCAUCAGUAAUCGUAUCUAAUGAAGCCUAACAUUGUAACAUUAAAUAUGGCCCACUGGGGUCGCAAAUGGUCAUCAAAGGCUUUUCUGAAGUAACACCCCCGUUUACAAAGACCAGUUUUCACAGCAUCUACAAGUUGAUCUUCCAAAUAAUUAGACCCAUUAUUUCAGACAUCAGAAAUAAUGGGUCUAGUGGUGUUAUUACAUUUUUUUUGGUGCAGACUGGGCCACCUUUGCUUCGUAACAGAUAUUAAUGUAGAGCACUAUUAUAUGAGGUGGGUAUAUGAAUGGGCCUUACAUUACAUGGAUUUGCCUUAAGCCAAGAAUAAAUUUAAAAUGACAAAAGAAUGAGAGCUAGAAUCUGAUUGGCUGUCAGUGGUAACAACAAUGCUAGUUUCUACAACACACACACUGUUAAAACUUUGCUAUCUGGUAAACUUAAUUGUCUAACAAAAAUGUAAGGGCCCGACGUUUGCCAGGGUGUAGAAAAGAUAGUUAAGUGAUUUGCAAUUUGGAGUAAUAGUCAGAAAAUGUAAUCUGCUCCUGGUAUGACUUGGUAUAGAACAGCGACAAAAUGUGUGCCAUUUUCUGACCUUAAAACAUCUCCAUCACCUAUUUUUCAAAAAUGGUGAGUAAAGUAAAAAAAAAAGGUUUGUGCAAAUAUUGUGGCUUUGUAAGUCACAAUUUAUGCCACAAACUGGUUUAAAUGAUCAAUAAAAAUAGAG